AUGGCGGAAGAUAUUGAUGAGAUUCUGGCUGAAAUUGAUGGCUCACAAAUUGAGGAAUAUCAAAAGUUCUUCGACAUGUUUGAUCGUGGUAAACAGGGCUACAUCAUGGCAACACAAAUUGGCCAGAUUAUGCAUGCGAUGGAACAAGACUUUGAUGAAAAGCAACUUCGAAAGUUGAUUCGUAAAUUUGACGCUGAUGGAUCCGGAAAACUGGAGUUUGAUGAAUUCUGUGCCCUCGUCUACACCGUUGCCAAUACAGUCGAUAAGGAGACAUUGCAAAAGGAACUAAGAGAAGCUUUCCGACUUUUUGACAAAGAGGGUAAUGGUUAUAUAUCUCGGCCAACCCUGAAAGCACUUCUGAAAGAAAUUGCUGAUGAUCUGAGCGACGAACAGCUGGAAGCCGCUGUAGACGAAAUAGAUGAGGAUGGUUCUGGAAAGAUUGAAUUUGAAGAAUUUUGGGAAUUAAUGGCCGGUGAUGCUGACUGA